GUAGCGGCCGCGACCUGGGCGGGCAGAGGAGUGUGACGGGCCUCGGGGCCGCUGUGGAUGGUUUCUAAAAUGAUCAUUGAAAACUUCGAGGCACUCAAGUCCUGGCUCAGCAAGACUCUCGAGCCCAUUUGUGAUGCAGAUCCAUCAGCCCUAGCGAAAUAUGUUCUCGCUUUGGUAAAGAAAGACAAAAGUGAGAAAGAGUUAAAGGCAUUAUGUAUUGAUCAACUGGAUGUAUUUCUUCAAAAAGAGACACAGAUAUUUGUGGAAAAGCUUUUUGAUGCUGUGAAUACAAAGAGUUACCUACCUCCUCCAGAGCAGCCAUCAUCAGGAAGCUUAAAGGUAGAAUUUUUUCAGCACCAAGAAAAAGAUAUUAAAAAAGAAGAGAUCACAAAGGAGGAAGAGCGAGAGAAGAAGUUUUCCAGAAGGCUAAAUCAUAGUCCUCCCCAGUCAAGUUCCCGAUACAGAGAAAAUAGAAGUCGUGAUGAGAGGAAAAAAGAUGAUCGUUCUCGCAAAAGAGAUUAUGAUCGAAACCCUCCUCGAAGAGAUUCAUAUAGAGACCGGUACAAUAGAAGACGAGGCCGAAGUCGCAGUUAUAGCAGGAGUCGGAGUCGAAGCUGGAGUAAAGAGAGGCUUCGUGACCGGGAUAGGGAUAGAAGCAGGACUAGAAGCAGAAGCAGAACACGAAGCCGGGAAAGGGAUCUAGUAAAACCUAAAUAUGACCUGGAUAGAACAGAUCCACUAGAAAACAAUUAUACUCCUGUCUCUUCGGUACCAAAUAUUUCGUCUGGUCACUAUCCUGUACCUACUUUGAGCAGCACUAUUACAGUAAUUGCUCCUACUCAUCAUGGCAAUAACACUACCGAAAGUUGGUCUGAAUUUCAUGAGGACCAAGUGGACCAUAACUCCUAUGUAAGACCACCAAUGCCAAAGAAACGGUGUAGAGACUAUGAUGAAAAGGGUUUCUGUAUGAGAGGAGACAUGUGCCCUUUUGACCAUGGAAGUGACCCUGUAGUUGUAGAAGAUGUGAAUCUUCCUGGCAUGCUGCCUUUCCCAGCACAGCCGCCAGUUGUUGAAGGACCACCUCCUCCUGGACUUCCCCCACCUCCACCAAUUCUUACACCUCCACCUGUGAAUCUGAGACCCCCAGUGCCUCCGCCAGGCCCUUUGCCACCCAGUCUACCACCCGUCACAGAUGAUAUUUCUUAUUCUUUGGUUUUGACAGGACCACCACCUCCACUUCCUCCUUUGCAGCCAUCUGGCAUGGAUGCUCCCCCAAACUCUGCAACCAGUUCUGUUCCUACUGUAGUAACAACUGGCAUUCAUCACCAGCCUCCUCCUGCUCCACCCUCUCUUUUUACUGCAGUUUUUGUAUUACCAGAUACAUAUGACACAGAUGGCUACAAUCCUGAAGCCCCAAGCAUAACAAACACUUCCAGACCUAUGUAUAGACACAGAGUGCACGCACAAAGGCCUAACUUGAUAGGACUAACAUCAGGGGAUAUGGAUUUGCCACCCAGAGAAAAACCUCCUAAUAAAAGCAGUAUGAGAAUAGUAGUGGAUUCGGAAUCAAGGAAAAGAACCAUUGGUUCCGGGGAGCCUGGAGCUCCUACAAAGAAGACCUGGUUUGAUAAGCCAAAUUUUAAUAGAACAAACAGCCCGGGCUUCCAGAAGAAGGUUCAGUUUGGAAAUGAAAACACCAAACUUGAACUUCGAAAAGUUCCUCCAGAAUUAAAUAAUAUCAGCAAACUUAAUGAACAUUUUAGUCGAUUUGGAACCUUGGUUAACUUACAGGUUGCUUAUAAUGGUGAUCCUGAAGGUGCCCUUAUUCAAUUUGCAACAUAUGAAGAAGCAAAGAAAGCUAUAUCAAGUACAGAAGCAGUACUAAACAAUCGCUUUAUUAAGGUUUAUUGGCACAGAGAAGGAAGUACCCAGCAGUUACAAACUACUUCUCCAAAGGUAAUGCAGCCCUUAGUCCAGCAGCCCAUUUUGCCUGUUGUGAAGCAGUCAGUUAAAGAGCGAUUGGGUCCAGUACCUUCAAAUACUAUUGAACCAGCAGAAGCACAGAGUGCCAGUUCAGACCUUCCUCAGAAUGUAACUAAGUUAUCUGUGAAGGACAGGUUGGGUUUUGUAUCAAAGCCAUCUGUUUCAGCAACUGAAAAGGUGUUGUCUACAUCUACUGGCCUAACUAAAACAGUAUAUAAUCCAGCUGCUUUGAAGGCUGCGCAGAAAACCUUACUUGUUUCCACCUCUGCAGUUGAUAAUAAUGAAGCACAGAAAAAAAAACAGGAGGCACUGAAACUUCAGCAAGAUGUAAGGAAAAGGAAACAAGAAAUUUUAGAAAAGCACAUUGAAACACAGAAGAUGUUAAUUUCAAAACUGGAGAAAAACAAAUCAAUGAAGUCUGAAGAUAAAGCAGAAAUAAUGAAAACUUUAGAGGUUUUGACAAAAAAUAUUACCAAAUUGAAAGAUGAAGUCAAAGCUGUUUCUCCUGGACGCUGUCUUCCAAAAAGUAUAAAAACCAAGACUCAGAUGCAGAAAGAAUUGCUGGACACAGAACUGGAUUUAUAUAAGAAGAUGCAAGCUGGAGAAGAAGUCACUGAACUUAGGAGAAAGUAUACAGAAUUACAGCUGGAAGCUGCAAAACGAGGGAUCCUUUCAUCUGGUCGGGGUAGAGGAAUUCACUCAAGAGGUCGAGGUGCAGCUCAUGGCCGAGGCAGGGGUCGAGGUCGAGGUCGAGGUGUGCCUGGUCAUGCCGUGGUGGAUCAUCGUCCCAGGGCACUGGAGAUUUCUGCGUUUACAGAGAGUGAUAGAGAAGAUCUUCUUCCUCAUUUUGCGCAAUAUGGUGAAAUUGAAGAUUGUCAGAUUGAUGACUCUUCACUUCAUGCAGUAAUUACAUUCAAGACAAGAGCAGAAGCUGAAGCAGCUGCAGUUCAUGGAGCUCGUUUCAAAGGGCAGGAUCUAAAACUGGCAUGGAAUAAACCAAUAACUAAUAUUUCAGCUGUUGAAACAGAAGAAGUUGAACCUGAUGAAGAGGAACAGAGAGAGAUCAUCAUUGCCUGAAUUUAGCUUUGUGACUACAACAGCAAGACCUGUUCCUGUCUGGAGACGACUGUUAUAAUAUCAUCCUAUCAUUUUAUGUUUGCUCUUUAUCAAUUUGAAUAGAUGUUUACAUGUACUAUAAUUCGCAUUUUGUCUUUUCGCAGUUCUCUAAUUGCUACACCUGAGUCCAGAAGUAUGUCUGAGUGUGUGCUUUGUCUGACCUUGCUCUUAAACGUCUUCUCCCCUUACUUUAUAGCCAUUUAGUUUUUAAACACUAAGAAGGAAAAAGACCUCUUGGCUUCCUAAUACGAGUUAAGUUCAGUCUCAGCCAAGUUGAAAAUUGUGUCUAGGAAAUCUAUAAAGCCAUGAUAUUGUGUUCAUUAGCAUGAACAAUUUAGAAUGAAGAAAAUGAUUAAACAGUUAAGCAUCAGUCUGUUUUUAAUUUUUCCGGGUUUUAGGAUACAUUUCUGGGGUUAGGAUAGUCACUUAAAUAAUUUUGAACAGAUGCUAAAAUACUUUUUUAUACACUGUAAUAACUUGCCUAUUUCUUCUAAAUAUACUUAACCGAAAUUGUUGCCAAGGCC